GCGAUGAGGCUCCGCAGAGGCUCCUAGCGAUGGGGGAUGUCCUGGCGUAUGAAGCUGAGUUGCUCGGACUAGUGAGAGAGUAUUUGGAUUUUGCUGAAUUCGAAGAAACAGUGAAAGUGUUUGUGAAGGAAUGUAAGGUAAAAGGGAAGCCACUGCCUAAAUCAACAGGUGCUUCCCUGAGAGAUUCAAAAACUUUGACUGUUCAGAAAGAUCUGCUGACAGCAUUUGAAAAUGGAGAGCAGAAAGUUUUCUUCCRCCUUUGGAAGGAGCAGAUACCGUCUGCAGUUCGAGACAGCGAGCCGGUUGCUCAGAAACUGGAGUUUUAUCUCCACAUACACUUUGCCACCUACCUCUUGAAACACUCUGUGGGAAAGCCUGACAAAGCUGAGCUUGAGGAAAGGAUUUCACACUUUAAAACAUACCUAGAAACAAAAGGAGCUGCACUUAGUCAGACAACAGAGUUUCUUCCCUUCUAUGCUUUGCCSUUUGUUCCUAAUCCCACGGUACACCCUUCAUUUAAAGAACUUUUCCAGGAUUCUUGGACAUUGGAUUUAAGGACAAGAUUGGAAAAGUUCCUGUCUCUGACUCUCAAAGCCAACCAGACGCCCAGGCUUCUCACUGUAUUUAAAGAGAAUGGACAGUGCAACAAAGAAAUCUUACAGCAGCUUCAUCAACAGUUAGUAGAGUCUGAGCGCAGGACCAUGACCUACCUGAAACGAUUCAAYAAAAUGCAGGCAGACUACCAUAAUCUCAUUGGGGUCACUGCAGAGCUCGUGGAUUCCUUGGAGGCCACAGUCAAUGGCAAGAUGAUCACCCCAGAGUAUCUUCAGAGUGUUUGUGUUCGCUUGUUCAGCAAUCAGAUGAGACAGAGUGUAGCCCACAGUAUUGACUUCACGAGACCUGGAACUGGAUAUUACUCUAUGAGCCCUUGUGAUGACGAAUAUGCUUCUACCAUGUUAAGAGCAUCUUUAGCCCCAGAGAAGAUGCAGGACGUGCCAUUGUUGCCCUCUCUGGAUUAUGAGAAGCUGAAGAAAGAUUUGAUUAUGGGGAAUGAUCGUCUCAAGGCCUUCUUACUACAGGCCCUGCGCUGGCGCUUGACAACGUCAUAUCCUGGAGAACAGAGAGACACUGUCCUGCAAGCGUACAUCAGUAAUGACCUCCUGGAUUGCCACAGCAAUUGUCAGAGAAAUGUCUUCAAAUUAUUACAUUCGAAGAGUGAGGUAGUCAGACAGUAUAUGGCAAGGCUCAUUAAUGCUUUUGCUUCACUGGCAGAAGGUCGUCUCUACCUUUCUCAGAAUCCAAAGUUGUUGCGAAUACUGGAGGAGAGACUGAAAGCUGAAGACAAGGAUUCCCUUACACGGGAGAAUGUUCUGGGGGCUCUGCAGAAAUUCAGCCUCAGGCGYGCGCUGCAGUCUGCCAUGAUCAGAGAUGGGCUCAUUUUCUGGCUGGUUGAUGUUCUAACAGAUACAGAUUGCCUCUCUGAUUACACACUGGAGUAUUCGGUUGCCUUGCUCAUGAAUCUUUGUCUGAGGAGUGCAGGAAAGCAAAUGUGUGCGAAGAUCGCAAACCGUGUGCUCAAAGUUCUCUCUGAUCUUCUUGGCCAUGAGAAUCAUGAGAUACAACCAUAUGUGAAUGGAGCACUGUAUAGCAUCCUUGCUAUACCUUCUGUCCGAGAGGAAGCCAGAGCAAUGGGAAUGGAAGAAAUCCUGCGCUGCUUUAUCAAGGAAGGAAACGCAGAGAUGAUUCGACAGAUUGAAUUUAUUAUCAAACAGCUCAAUUCAGAAGAGCCAUUAAAUGAUAGUGUUGUAUCCGAUGAUGAUGAGGAGGAAGARGAUGAAGAAGAGGACCAUGACACCAUGGAGGCUGAUCUGGACAAAGAUGAGAUUUUACAGCCUCAACUGGGAGAGCUUGCAGGAGAGAAGCUGCUGACAACUGAGUACUUGGGAAUAAUGACUCAUACUCCAAAAACCAAGAAGAAGAUGUUCCCUGGUGUCCAUCAGAGUAUAGAUGAGCCUCUGCAGAGACCUGUGACGCCAAGUUUUCACAGAACUGUGUACCCAAUGCCAGAAAACGAUGACCUUUCUUGCCAUAGGGAUGAAAAACUCCAGUCCUUGCCRAGCGAUCGCCUUCCCACUCGUAGCAGGAGCAGGUCCAGUAUUUCUGACCUCUGCGUUUCCUCCUCAUCAAUUGAAAUGGAAUCUUCGAAGAUAUUCUCAUCAGGCCAUAGAAUGGACCAGCACAUCCCAGCUGUGGACAACGUCCUGUCUUCCCGAUCUAMUGAGUUCACCCAAGACAAAGUAAAUGGGCUGUCUAAUAGUGAGUUUUCCGCAGCUUUUACUAGCAAACCUAAGAUCCCUCGCACCCCUGAAGCACAGAGUGCCAGCCCAAGAAAGGGAAAGAUCCCCCCCAUUGCCCCUCAGUUCUCUCAGUCUGGACCCCAAGAAAUGAGCCGCCCCAGUUCGUCGGGAUCAUCCACGAGGAGCAGACAGAGCAGCCAGUCCUACAGGAAGUGACAACAGUUGCUUUCCUCAAGAAUCACCUGUCACRUUGCUGAAGGACAGAGCCAGCUUCCUGUAAUGACCUUUACUGGCGACCUGCUUGACAAGAGAGUGGGUUGUUAACAUUGCAUGUGUACAGCUUGCACAGUGACUCGGGAAUUAUCUGAUGGGAUGCGUCUUUUGUCAUCCUCGUACCUGGCUAAAACAAGGGCCUUGUUACAAUUCAAGUUUGUUACAAUGCAACAGAAGCCUGGGACAGGUAUGGUAGGGGAAUGUGAUCCCAGUGUCCCUGGUAUUUCCCUCCUAAGAGACGUUGCUGCCUCUUGUUCUCUGCCUUCUGCGUCAGAGUAAACAGCCCUUGGAGAUGGUCUGUAGGGGCUCAGCAUAGAAGUCUGGCYGAGCAACUGCCUUGUUUACAUAUUGCUUGCUGAACCUAGCACGUCACAUGUGUUUUUUAAAAAACUAUUCCCUUGUGAGUGAGCCUGGGGGAUAUCUGUGUUCAAAGGAUCUGCACUGGGAGUUUAGUGUGAGAUAUGAUCUGCAUUUAGCCACCAGAGACUGGAGAGAAAGCAUUUCAUCAAUUUAGGAUUGACCCAUAGCAGGUGAGAAACACCGUGCCAUUGCCCAAAGCAGAGUCCUUGCUCACCUCUGAGGAUGUGAGGAGCAGCUUUAUCUGCAGCUGUUACUCCUAUAUGUUCUUUCUAGAUUGGAUUUUUUUCUUGAUUUUGUUUUUUAAUAUUUGUUGGAUGAAUCUGCCACCUUUCUGAUGUAUCUUCUUUCAGAGUAGAAGCCAUAAAAAUCUGAACAGGUCAGAAGCAGCUUUCCCUUGCUGCUUGGUUAUGACAGUCCCCUUUGAUCUAUGUCACAUUUUCUGGUGUUCUUCACUUCUGAGCAGUGUUUUAUCUUUAUGAAAUCUGGACUGAUCUUCAGUCAUUAGGAAAUGCAGUCUAGGCAAGAGAGCCCAGGAAGCCCUUCCUUAAAUAAAAAUCCUGCAGUUAAUUCUGCYGGUGAUUUAUGAAGCCAAAACGGUUUGUUGUUCUUUGUUGUUCUUUCUCUCAAAAGCAGCGGUGACCAGGAAACACUGAAAUCUUUAUUGACCAUUGCCUUUUCAAUAAUAUCCCCUCAUGUGACAUUGCUGUUAAACCAACAGUAACAACUUUUCCAGAGAUGCCAUUUGCCUUGGAACUUGGCUGCCACUGGCAGAGGGAAGUGUGUUUGCCAUAGGUGGACUUCAAAAGCAAAUGUGUUAGCAGGUACUAAAAGAAAAGCUUUAACUUCUCUCUUUUUGAGUUUCAGCUCAAGAAACUAGAAGGCAGCAAUAUAAAAGCUACUGCAGAUAGCACCAUUUACCUUYCCCUAGGGGAAGGAGUUGCACAGCUACAAAUAUUUUCCAUAGGACUGGAGGAAAACUUUGUGCCUGUGCUGAGACUUGGGAUUGUGCCUAUGGGUGUGCAGUGGCAACUGAGUAGCCCAGAUGAUUUCCUCAUAUGACACAGUUGCUAUGAGGUGGCCUGAGAUCAGAGACAAGGUGUGGUUUUCUUGUAGAAAUGGAUCCUGUCUUGAAGUUGCUGUAACCCUGUUGAAUAACAGACUUCAAGUUGGAAUCCAGAUCUUCUGUAGAGUAAGAUAACCCCUAGUUUAAAAUCUAGUCAUGUUCAUGUGAAAGUAUUUGGUAAUUUCAGGGUGUCCACAGGCCAAGCAUGAAGCAGUCGGAGUGUGGGUGCUACUUUAGCUCCCAAGCUGCAUAGGACCUGAAGUGACUGAGGGCCCUUGGUAGCCUCCAUCCUGUAGAUCUCCAAUCUAGAUAAAGACGGCACAGAGCAUUUCCAACCUGUCUUCA